AGGACCGAGAUUCAAACUCGAAAUCUAACGAGGAACUCUCAGAGCCACGAGAGUGGCCGCGCGAUACGGCACGGGUGUUUGAAAACAGCCGAUAACAGUGUGCAUCGCGCCAUGUGUACCGAGAAAAGUGCGAAUUUCCUGUGGCUUCUUUGUUCCAUAUCGCUCUUCUGUGGAUUUGUUCUUCCAUACGGACGCUGCCAGAACGCAGGUCCACGGGAACAGGCGAAUAGCAGGGAUGAUACGAGGAAAAUAGGCGAUCUGCGCGACGAACUGCAGGCUGACGAUGCGGAUCAGUCGUAUGUCUGGGAUGCGUCUCUCGAGGGUAAAAAGGCGCUCGAUGAGGACGGGAGCUCCCUCUCGUCUCGAAACGCGGCAGAGGUGCCGGAGACGGAAGCGGAAACAGCGCCUCGGGCUGACGGAAAUAGGGACAAGGUCCUCGUUCCACCAGAAGAUGCUUCCAACUCCUCGCUUCGGCAGGGUUUGAAUGUCACAGCAUCAACGUCUAUCACCCGUCGAAAGGGGGAUAUCAACGACAGAUCCCGUAAGAAACGACGUAGAAACAAAGAUUCGAAGAACUCCGACGUGGAUCGACAGCGUGAGAACACGCAGGAGGUGUACGAGAACGAGAUUAGGGGGAAACGAGGUGGUCAAACGAAAAAAUCGAAGGAUACCGCUGCGAGGAGGUAUCGCGUCGAGCGUUGGAGGAGGAGAAAAAACCGCGAACGAAAGCGUGGAAGGAAGAGGUCCAAGCAGAACGGAGAGAAAAACGAGGCGCGUAGGACGUCCAAGUUCAAAAGAAGAAUGAACGAUGUGCCCGCCGCGCUACUGCUCGGCAAGAUCGAUGGUCACGUGGCGGAGGACAAUGUUUCCGGCUACGACUCCUCGAACGUGACUGGGAGAGGUAACCAGAAUCUCUCGAACGGUUCUGACGUUACCUCGCCGUUCAAUCUUCAGGACCAAUUAACUACCGAGGCCACGAAACGGUCCACGCACACUACAUCGCGUUACAAGGUGUACGAAGAUACCGUCGAAAGGGAAUUCUCGAAGCAGCUUGAAAAAGAGAUCUCGCGGACGCAGAUGGAAGACCCUGCCAGCUUGGAGAACCGUAUCUUGGGUAGUUCCGUGCCAAAAUCCUCUCACAAGAAUACAGAACAUAAAGAGGAUGGUUCUACAAAUACGAACGAGUCGAAGUUUGGCAACUCGAGGUACGACGCCGAUAAAAUGUUAGGUUAUUCACGGACAGAAGAGGAUUUACCUAUUUUGGAUUUGGAGAACGAGGUGCUGGCGAGGACCUUGAAGGAUUACAACGCUUAUAUGACGUCGAGCUUGAAGUUAUCGAUGGUACCCAGGCGGGACGAAAUCGAGCAUAGGAAAACUGGCGGAUCGCAUUUUCAUGGAAAACCCAUAAUCGACGGAGUAGAGUUCGAUAGGUUGGGCGGAAAGAAGAGCACGGAAACGAUGAGCAGCACCAUGGCGUACGAGGACGAUACGAGAGGGGAUUUAUCAUGCAUAAACGGGACGUUCGUGCCGGCACCCCUUGCCCGCCAUGCACUGAUCAAAUAUGUAAAAUCGUCGAUACCAGGCCACGAGUAUUUGGAGGCAGAUUACGAGUGUGCUCCAGGGUACUACAUGGUGAGCACAAUAACUAGACUACUUUGCAGAAAUCGUCAAUGGAUAGGGCAACUUCCAAAGUGCAAGAUCAAAGCGAAUUUUGAAGGUGUGUGUAUCGACGCUUCUUGUGACCAUGUUUGCAAAGAAGUCGAUGGCAGGCCAGUAUGUUCCUGUUACAAGGGUUUCCGGUUGGAAGAUGAUAAAUGUAUCGAUGUGAACGAAUGCAAGGAUAACAAGGGAGGUUGUGAACAUAAAUGCGUGAACACGCCGGGAUCCUUUCGUUGUGAGUGUCCGAAAGGGAUGAAACUAGACGAAGACAGGUUCACAUGCAAGGACAUUAACGAGUGUCUGUUGAACAACGGACACGGGCCGUGUCAGGAUACGUGUCGGAACACCAUAGGCGGCUAUGAAUGUUCCUGCGAUGGUCUACAGGAUACUGUUCUGUCAGCUGACAACCACACGUGUCAGGACGCAGGUCCCUGUAGCGUCAACAACGCCGGAUGCUCCCACACCUGUCUCUCCACGAUGGGACGAGUAUUUUGUCUCUGCCCUGAUGGUUUCAUCCUAGAGGACGAUUGGAAGACCUGUCAAGACGUGGACGAGUGUGCCCAACCAGAUUUGCAAACGGAAAUGUGCCGGUACGGUUGCAUCAACACGCCAGGAUCUUAUCGAUGCGCCGAACCAAUGGAGUUGAAGGAUCAACCGAUACUGGACAGCUUGUCGAUCACAUGCCUGCCAGGCUACGAGGCCACCCCCGAUGGAACUUGUAUCGAUAUCAAUGAGUGUACGGUCGACAAUGGUGGAUGCAUGGAAGUUUGCGAGAACACAGACGGAAGCUUCUUCUGCGCUUGCGACGGUGACGAGAAAGCUCUGUCAUCGGAUGGCAAAUCCUGCGUGGAUAUAAAUAACGUGUCCUGUCCUCCAUUGAAUCCCGAGGGCCGAGGAUAUUUAAUGUGUUCACGUUUGGCAACGCCAAAGCCAUGGAGAGGUAGACGAAGAGUAGCCAAUCGGCCAGGUACCAAAUGUUUCUUGAAGUGUCCCCAUGGGUAUCAGCUUCAUGGAGAAUACGAAUUGACUUGUCGAUCGGAUGGUUCAUGGGAUGGGCCGAAACACGGCGAGUGCGUCAGAUACAGCAAACCUCGCUUAGAAUGUCCAAAAGACGUGAUCGCGGAACUACCGCCCGGACGAGACGAGGCCUUUGUGACUUUCGAUCAGCCGUCGACGGAUCUCGAUUGGUUCCGAUAUGUUAGGUCGAAACCUUCUUGGGGGACCAGGCUAGAGGCGAAUCUAACCCCCGGCAUGCACGAGAUCACGUUUUUUGCGAGACACCCGGUAUCGAAGAAACAGGCCAGCUGCGUGUUACGCAUCAUUGUCAAAGGUGGUGAAGCGCCAAAAGUUAAGGACUGUCCGAACGACAUAGAGGUCACUGGAAGAAAUGGGACGGCAAUCACGUGGACCGAACCAAUUUUUACGGACAAUGUGAAGGUGACCCGGAUUAGGAGCAACGAGAGUCCAGGCCGGCGUUUCGACGUCGGUGGUCACAGAGUAGAGUACGAGGCGAGCGAUGAAGCAGGUUGGUCAAGCAAGUGCGUGUUCACCGUGGUCCUACGUCAGGAGUGAGUCGCGAAUUCUUUAGCGAUCAAGUGAGCGCGAGAACGAGGAAGGAGGAGGAGGAACGACGGAGAAAAAGGAAUCCAGGUGAAAGGGGGGCAAAGGUAGCAGACCGGAAGAAUAACGAUAAGGUAAUAUAAAUGGAAAUGCUCUGGACUCGUGCAACGUUCCCUCCGCGUGCGUAAUGGAUUCCGUUUUAUCCGGAAGGUUAAACGCGGAUGAGACACGGAUAUCUUCUCGUGGUACUCGUUGAUACACACGCGAGUGCGUGUACACGGAGAUGGAAAUCUCUUGGUUUGAAUACUGAAAAGGGCUUGUUGGAAAUCGUCCUUUUGAAUGGAAUUCAAAGAUAAUUUAAUUUUGGAGAAUGUUUCGAGAAAUGUUUCUCUCUUAUCUUUUUGCACUGAGCUUGGAAAAGAGCUCUUACGCUUGCUUUUACUUUACAUUUGCUGAUGAUAGUUUAAAAAACAAUAUAAUGGGUAUUAUUCUCUUAAACUUUAUUUAGUUUGGUGUUUCAAACUCAUUUUCGGGAAAUUGAUAAUUAUUAUACUCAUUGUUUGAUAUUCUGAGUCGUAUAAUUUAUGCGUUGUUAUUUUUAUACUAGUAUAUCAUUAAUAAUAGAAUUAAAGUCGUUUCUUAAUUACGUAAAAAGUGGAAAUUUGCCUUGAGAUUUUUGUACGAAAUAUUUUAUGUAUACGUAUGUACUAUAAUUUGUAUUUAAUUAAUCUGUUAAACUUCAUUUAGUUUAAUUCAACUUCAAAUUCAUCUGCAGAAAAUUAAUGAUUAUUAUUCUUUUUCUUAUUUGAUAUUUUAAAUGGUAUAACAUUUACGUUGUUACGUUUAUUAUAGUAUAUUAAUAAUAAUAAUAAAUUCGAGAUUAUUUCUUAAUCUCCCGAAGAAUGGGAUUUUUACUUUGAGAUUUUUGUACGAAAUACAUUAUGUAUACGUAUGUUCCAUAAUUUGUAUUUAAUGAAUCUGUUAAACUUCAUUUAGUUUAAUUUAGCUUCAAAUUUAUCCGUAGAAAAUUGGUGAUUAUUAUUCUUUUUCUUAUUUGAUAUUCUAAAUGGUGUAACAUUUACGUUGUUACGUUUAUUAUAGUAUAUUAAUAAUAAUCAAUUCGAGAUCAUUUCUUAAUCUCCCGAAGAAUGGGAUUUUUACUUUGAGAUUUUUGUACGAAAUACUUUAUGUAUACAUAUACAUAUACGUGCUAUAAUCUGCAUUUAAACAAGAGAGUCCCUAACAACAGUGAAUGUACCUCAUUUUUGUAAUUAUCACCAUAUAUAUACACGCGUAACAUGUAGUAAUCGAGGUAUUCGAGUAAGAUGUCUCGUCGAUCAUCACGAUUGACUUUUCACGGUUUGAAACGAUCCACAGGUUUCCCCAUCGCACUCUCGUCUUUUCUUUCUCGCGUUUCUUUCACGUUCCGAUCUAUCGUGGCCCGCACACGGUGUACCCUGCAGCAAAUCGUCUAGAAUCUAGACCCUAGAUCAAUCCUUCGACCUCCACCAGGAGGCUCGAUUCACUUAUUACAUACCACGAUCAUGAUUACGAUCACGAUCGACACACCAUCUAGGAGAUCUAGAAAUUCGAGGAAAUACGCAAGCCACUCUCCUCGCUGCUACUUGUCGGUUCGAACAAAAUUACAAGUGAUGGUUGCGUGACCGGCAUACGCGAUAAACCAAGGACAAAAGGGAAAAGAAGAAGGAAAGAGCGGGGAUAUUAUUCCGAAUGGCACCGAUGGUUAAUCGUGAUGAAAUUUGGCGGGUAUUAUUGGACGAGAUAGUAAAUCUGAAUUAUAAAAUCCUAACUCCGAGAAAUCAUGUGUACAAAAAGUAUUAGCACGUAUCCUUAUUUGCCAAUAAAGCGUUUUUUAUCGAUUUCCACAUCUUACUUUCAUAACAUCAAAUUUUUACGGCCGUAUGAAAGUAAAUGAUACGAAAUUUAAUAUAUUUGCACUAACUAAUUAGUACGUAAGUGUUGUAAUAAAUACAGUGAUAUGCCAAUAGUUUUUGUAGCCACUGUAAUUGAUCUAGUGACAGCGUUUUCGCCGCAAAAACACUCAAUUCCAAGCCAAACAUAUACCGACAUCUCUCCUCAAAAGAGACUAAUCGUUUUUCCUUUCACCUAUUAAGCAUUUUUUAUUUUAAUGAUAUAUUUAUUCGUCAUUCAUGCCUACAUCGUUAUACUGAUUACCCAAUAUUGCACCUAUAGCAGCGAAGAUCUAUUACAUAUAAGGACAUGUAUCUUCCAAACGUCUAAUUUCUGAAAGCUAGGAUUUUAUAUUUCAAAUCUAAUAUCUCAACCCGUGUUAUCUACCAAAUUUCAUCCCGAUCGGUUAUCGGUGCCUUUCGGAAGCACAGCCAAGAGCGGAACAAAGGGCGAUUUAUCCGCGAUCCGUAGAUUCGUAGACGGUAAAGAGUAGGGAAAUCUAUCGGGAGUUCUAUGCAAAUCUGGAAUCGAGCGUGCGUUGUCGUUGGUCGAACGAGUUUCGCCGAUUACCAGGACCUGGUCGAAACACGCAUUGCAGCGGACGCGGCGAUUUUACGUUCGUUUCUUUUCACGGGACAACGAUCGCGAAUUUGUCGAACGAAACGAGGUUCGAUCCGCAUACAACGAAACUCGAGUUGACCCUCCACCUCUCCCCGUUUCACCCUCACGCGGAGUUUCCGUGUUAAUCGUCGAUCGUCGAUUAAAAUUUCGCCAGGGACGGACAAUGUCCGUGCCGGUUAAACGAAGCCGGUCGCGAUUAAUUUUGAAAUUGGACGCUUCGUCGAGUGUGUUUUCACGCGGCUUGCAGCUGACAAGCCGGGACAACGAUAGUUUUAAUCCCGUUCAGCAGAGAGAGAGAGAAAGAGAGAGAGAGAGAGUGUGUGUUAAAGGGCGGUCUUCGGCUGGUCGCCCGCACGCCGAUCGGAAAACGAAACGGAUUUAUGGAAAUUGCAAAGUUCCCAGGUUACGUCAAAGCCCGUCGAAUCGAGUGUGCGCGAAUUAUGCGUUCUAUUGGACCGAGAACCGCGAUUAACGGAUAAAACGAAACGUCUUUUAAUCAGUUCCCGCGGUCGCGCUUUACGUUUCGGUUGGAAUAUUUUUGAACGUUAUGGUUCGCAUCUUGUUUCGUACGUUUCUAGUUUUCAAUCAACUACGAUCCCUGACAGAAUGGUUUUGAUCAAACGCAAUAAUAUUAUAUAUUUAUUGUAAAACUGAGAAAAACAUUGAGACUUUGAUGUGAAAAAUUAAAUAAAAUUAUAGUAUUAAUAUUAAGUAUAUAUCUAUUUUGUUCACUUCCGUUUCUUAAUACUAAUAGCAUAAAUAAAAAUGUGUGUUCUGUUAAGCGAUCCUUACUUUCUCUUUUGUUUUAAGAACAUUUGAUAUUCGUAUAACGUAAAUAUUUUUAGUCAAUCUCGUAUUAUUACGUUUGAUCAAUAAUAUUUUGCUAUGGGAUUGCAUAUUUGUAUUUUAUUUGUAACUUCAUAGUAUAUUCAUUUUUCAUUUAAGCACUUUAUCGGACAAUAAGUUAUUCUUUCUUUUUACUGAUUUACAAAAUAUUUUUGUUCCGUGCAGAUUGUGAUUACGUGUUAUUUAAAUUUUUCAUUUUUUUAAAUAUUUGUAAUUAUUAAUUACACUCUGCAUAUGACUUUUAAUAUUUUCAUUUUUAAAACCACUCAGUUUUGCAGGAUUAAUAUUGUUUAAUUCAAUUUCACAAAUAUGUUUCUACAAUUCUUUAAAAUCCAUAUUUUCCAUUAGUACGUAAAGUUUCUGUUGAACGACCGUAAAAUAAAUAUAAUUGUGAUUUUUCGUUAUCUUUUUCGAAUACUAUGAUAUUUAAUUUUAUUAUUGCAAAGACGUCGAGGAGAUUCGUAUUUGCAUCGCUAUUUGUUUGUACGAUCUUUUUCUGAUAUGUUGUUCGUAAUACCUACACGUAGUAUGCACUACUUUGUCACAAAUUGUUAUAUAAAUUACAUGUUAUAUAUUUUUUUAUAAAUUAAUAUUAUACUUUCAAUAGUUAUUAAUUGUUAACAGAAUAAUUUAAUACUAUAGUAUUGCGCCGUAAUUAAUAAAAUAACGAUCAACAAAUACGUAAACCUACGUGCUGUAUGAUUAAAAUGAGAAAUCAUUAACAAUGAAAAUGGAAAAUUUGGAAAUUUAAAAUAAGAUAAAAGAUUAGAAAUUACAAAUUAAAAAUGAAUCCAUAUAUCGAUAGUAAUCUUUUCUUAUAUGUUGUAAAAUCCCAAUUUUAUUUUACAUCCGAUAUAUUUUAUAAUAAAUUUUUUCCGAUAUCUGUAAGAAUUUAUCAAAGUAAAAGCACCUAGUGCUACAAUUUGUUGAUUUUACAGUCAUGAGUUCGAAAUAAAUAACGCGAUUGUUAUCGGUGCAAUCAGCGAUAAGCACAUUGCCAAGCUAAAAGAUGUUAUACUAUAUAUUGUUUGUUUGGAAUUUACCACUAUUUAUUACGUUAAUCGAAUUAUUUAUUCUUUCGCUAAUUAAUUGUUACCAAUACAUAAUAGGGGAUAAUUAUUGUAUAAAGUAUACUCCUAGAUUAUUAAACGAAAAAUUUAUCAAAAAACAGUCCUUAUGUUUAUGUUAUACUCUUAUCGUAUAUAAUCAAAAGAAUUUAUAUUAAAUGUAUGAUAUUGUUUUUUAUCACCGUACUUCACGAAAAGUAUGUUAUAAAAUGUAAGUAGUUAUACUUUAUUCUAAAUAUAAUUAAUUAAUAAUUAAUUUAUAAAUAUCUCUUCAAGAUUAUAUUAGGUAUAAAAUUUCUUGUAAUAUUACAAUUUGCGUCUACUAUUCAACAUUAUAAAUAACGAAAUGUUUCUCUCGAAACAAUCUCGUUAUAUAUUUCAAAAUUCCUCGACUUCUUUCACAUACAGCAAAACAUGGAAUAUUAUCGUUACUGUGUAUACACGUAUGUUCUCAUUCUUCUUUUUCAAUGACUAAGGACAUUUAUUAUUAUAAAACUCAUUUUACCUUUGAUUUGCAACGGGCCUUUAUAAAAAGGAGCGCUCGAGGCUUGUAAUCGUCUAAGAAAUCGUAGAGAGUAUGAUAAAACAGUACGCACUACUACUGUGCAAAUACUUGCAUUUAAGGAGCUAUUUUAGUAUAGAAAAACCGAAAAUUCGAUUUCCUAUUUUUUGUACAUAAUUGGGACUAUAUGAAGGUGUAUGUGUAAACUACAAAGGAGAAAUUCCUACUAUUUCUGAAAAUUUAAAGACUAUAGUUGCUUGAAAACCUUUUUGACGUAUCUUUUUAAAGCGACUGGCACCCAAAUUCGAACUUAUCUUUUUCUUUCAGACAAAUCGAUAAUAGGUGAUCUUGGUUGAAUUAUAGCUUUAUUUUGUUAUAUUUAAAAUCCAUAUGAUAAAUAAAAGAGCCUACUACCUUUUUAUGAAAUUUAUUUGUUUGAUCUUUAUGCUUUCGGCCAUGACAAGAUUAAAAAUAUUAACGGAAUUAAUAAAAAGAGGUAAAUGUGCCAGAGUUUACUUAAAGAGAGUCGUUUAGAUGAGAGUGCUCCUUUAACUCGAACAGUUCCACGUAAUCACUGUUCGAGAUCCGUGCAUAAACGAUUUCCAGGAAACGUAUUAUGAAAUCGUCAUUAAAAAUCGACGUGAUAUUAAUCCUUCGUACCUCGGUACCCUUUUGAGGCAGGUGGAAGGCGCGUUCGAACUAUCGAUUAGUUGAAAACGUGAAAAAUUGAAUGGUCAGAUCUUUUCGUGUACACCGUGUCAUUUGUGCUCGACGAACAGUAUCAUCGAUUGGAGCGAGGUUAGCGUGUUAGAUGUGAUGUUCACGCGUGAGCAAUGAAUUCCAAGCAAUCAAAUGUCGGCGACGUCGAUCUUAAUGAUGUAAGAACGUGCGAGAAAAGGGACUAUUUGGUAGCUGGGUAGAGAAAUUUCAAAUUUAGUAUAAAGAAUGAUGAUUUCGUGAGAAUGGGAAGAAGUUUUGGAAGAAGGUGAUUAAUUCUUAAACUGGAAUAUCCUGGCAUUUUGACAGAAGCAUGUUGGACAUUUUUGGAAAAAAUUAUAUAAGCUUCAUCUUUUUAUAAUCUCAUUACAAAAAUUUUUUUACUGAAAAAAUUUAGAUAUGUUUGAUGACACAUAAAUCUAGAAAAUUACAUCGUAAAUAAAGUAAAUGGAGGUUUGAUACAAACAUAAUUUUCAUGUUAUAGCAAUUUGAAGUUUUUGGGAAACAAUAUACAUGCAUAUUGUAUUUUACAAAUUCGAUUAAAAUGAAAGUAGGUUAAUCGAAAAAAUAUGUAAAUUCAUAACGUUUAUGGUACCAAAGAAAUUGUUACAUGAUUUGUAAAUGAUUUACAUUUUGGAAAGUAUCACAUGAUAUUUUAAGGUCUUUUAAACUAAAGAAUAUGUAAAUUACGCAUUAAGAAAAGUACGUUAAAUUUUUAAAUGUAAAAAGUAUUCCACCGUCUCCAAAAUCUGUUCGAAAUUAACUUUAUGAAAACUUUCAAAUUUGAAUUCAACUCUCUUUAUAAAGUAUAAAAUAUUCAAACGCUUCAAUUACCUACAUACCAUCACGAUGUUCCACUUUGAGGGUUAAAUCACCCUGUUGAACCUCGAUCAAAGCAUGGAACGAGGAGUAUAAUAAUCGAGAUUAUUGAUUAAAUCACUUUAACUAAUUAAUAAGCAUAGGGACAAUAUAUGGUAAAUGUAAUUAGAGGUCAUCAAAAGUUUGUGAUACCUUCAAUUAUAUCGAUAAGCGCUGACUGCGUUCGAAGCCGUAAUUUUUAGAACGAAAUAAAAAAAACGAGUCAGGAGAAAA